CUUCCCUACACAUUAGUCUUCUAUUUGGUUUAAUAAAUUUUUGCAAUUUUUUAUUCUACCAUAAAAUUAAAAUUGUUUGUAGUUUCAUCAAUUUAUGGUAAUUUCAUCAUAUUAUAUUGUGAAAUGUGUACGAAAUUAGCUGAUAAUUUGAAAAUGUGUGAAUUGAAAAAGCUGUAAAAUACCUUACUAAUUGUACUGAAAUGUAUAAAUUAAGUAUUUAGUAGUGGAUUUGAUGUAUUUUGUGAAAAUCUGGGCAUUUGCAAUUUUUAGCAAAUCUGUUUGGUGUUUCUUUACUUCUCCUGAUUUUACGCCUAAAAAUGAAGUUCCACUUCCUAAAGAUUUUACUAUACAAUCUGUUGACGAUUAUGAUCAAUCUGAACUAAAGAAACUAACCGAGUAUAGACAAAGACAUCGCAAGACUCUUGAUGGUGCUUUAUGCGCAGCAGCAUUUGUCAGAAAUGGAAACACAUUUACUGAUUGUACUACUACUGAAGCUCCAGAUGGCUCUGUUGGAAGAGAAUGGUGUUAUUUGGAGGUUCAGCUUAUAGGCACUGGAGCUAGAGAUUGGGACUUUUGCGCUGGAGUUAUUGAUUAUGAUGCUUUAAGAUAUAAAGCUAGUUCCUUAAUGGAAUUGAGAAGAAUGGAAUUGGAACAAGCGUAUAGGUCACUGGUGAGGGAAGAAAGGAGAGUUGACAGUACGUUGUCGAAGUAUGAAGAAGUUUGCGGAUCAGGUGAGCAGGAUUAUGAGUCUGACAUUUUGAGACUGGAGACCUCUUUAAAAGGCGUAGAUAGAGCCAUUGCACAACUAAAAGCUAACAGCUCCUCAUUGCUUUCACUCACUAACAGUCUCGAUUCACUUGAAGACGAACGAGAUUUACUCACUAAAUCUGCUUUACAUAAUCGCAAAAAUUGCUCUGUGGUUCGGGGUUAUCUUGAUCAAAGUAAACCCGAUGGACUGAGAGCAAGUUACUAUAAUAACCCUUAUUUCCGAGGAGUCCCCUCAGGCUUUAUUGAUCACGAAGAUGUGAACUUGAUGUGGGAGGACUUUGUUCCUGUGUUUGGGGUACCUCACGAUUCGUUUUCUGUGAGGAUUGAGGGGUUUCUAAGAAUUCCUUCAACUGAUGUUUAUACGUUCUACGUGAGGAGUGACUGUAAUGUAAGACUCUUUUUGGAUGAAGAGGUGAUAGCGUCUCAAGGGUUUGACCCUGAGUCUGACCGUGGUGGCCCAGUUGUAACUCAACCAAUCAACGGUAGGCCAACAAUGAACGUUUUUGUCAAGUCGAAUUCAUUCCACUUAAUUGGUGGGAAACGAUAUCCUAUCACAGUCGAAUAUUCCCACCAAAAAGUACUUAAAUACUACAACUCCAAUAUCGCUAGACUUGCUCUGAGCUGGUCUUCAACAAGUUUCCCAGAACAAAUUAUCACUUCAGAACACUUUUUUAAGGGCUCAGGACAAAAUUCAGAUAUUUCAAUCAGUGGACUCGAGGGCCAAUAUUAUACCUUGAGUAUGUUGGAAAAUGGAGCACAGGCGUUCAAAGGAGUGUCUAACUUUGUAAUUGCAGAUGUUCCGGGGAAGUUCAUAGGUGCAAGAAUGAUAACCAUGCACACCAAACCUACUGAACAACUUGUUUCAUUUGAAGUUUCUAACCACUCACUCGUCUACGUCGCAAUUCCAACUCUUUCAAACACUCACCCAAAAGAUGAGGAUGGAGUGAGUUUUGAGAAGACUUUUGAUGUUUUAUCUGUUUAUGGUGUUGGUGAUAACUGCGGGGCCGCGUUCACACAGAUAGAGUUCACCAUUUACUGGAAGAAGUUUCAGGCAGGAAACGUUAAACUUUUGCUCCCAGACGACACUUCGUCCAUAAUUUUUAUCCUACCAGCAAUCACCAGUGGCCUUUGCAAAGGAGAUGUCUCAAUUAUCUCUUAUACUCCCUCAGAUAAAUGCGUAGCCUCUUCUUCAUCUAAUGAACUUUCGGGAUGUGUUGCUGGAUUUGGAAACGGCAUGCCUUCAGAAGUCGGUUGGAUAACAGCAAAGGACAAAUUAGCGGGUGAAUUUUUGAGGCGAGAGUUCCCAAAGAUGGUUGAGUUGAGGUACUUUCACUUCUUGCCUCGAGGAGCUCUAAGGGCUUCUGAGGUCAGUUUUCGAUUUUCGGACGGUAGUGAAGAGGACUUUGCCAUUACUGACGAGUUGCGGUACGAGUUCAGGACUCCUGUGAUGGUGCAGUGGGCGAGAAUUGAGAUAAAGGCUGUAGAGCAGCUUGAAGGUACUGAAAACACAACUGGCGGUGUUUUUACGCUUUUUGGGGUAAUUUGUGAGGGCAUACGUCCUGUAAAGGAGAAACAAAUAGACACAGUUGACAUUGCAUUUUGCAGUGGAAAUUGUGACCCUUCGAAUGCCUUAAUCAUCGAUUCAGGCCACACUAAGUCAUCGCACGGGAAUUUGUACUAUGGAUGGAAUACCAAAGCAAAUCCAAUCCAGUGUACAGAUAACAUUGAUACUGCUACUGCCAAUAAUAAAGGGUUUAAGUUGAAAGACAAUAAAUGGUCACUGGAAGUUCCAUAUCAUGGAGUUUUUAGAAUAAAGGUGAAAUUAGGAGCAUUGUGUAAAGAUUUGAAGGAAGUUUCACUAACGAUAAACGGAUACGAAGUUCUAGGAUCGGAGAAUCUAGAAAAAAAUUCAACAGUUACAUAUGUUGGAAUAAUUAAUAUGGAAAAAGUUGGAAGGAUAGAGUUGGGCAGUGAAACUGAGGGUUUGGGAUUAUUAAGUUUUAAUUUAUCAUCAACUUUAAAUGAAAUAUAA